CAAGGGCUUCUGGGAGCCAAGCCUCGGGGUCUCGGGGAAGGGGCUCAGGUGGCCGCCAUCUUGGAAUGCGAACCGGGUCGCUAAGCUCGCGCUAGGUUAGGAACGACCGCCACUCUGUUACCUGAAGCCGACCUUAUCUCCGCCCGCACUGGAGUCAGGGCACCGGAGAAUAUCACAUUAAUGGGAAAGAGGAUUUCCUGGCGAGCAAGGAACGCCUCUGUCUUCAGAACUAAGUACUGCCUGUUUGGUUGUAGGGGCGUCAGAUUCCAUGGCUAGUCCAGGGAAAGAUAAUUACAGAAUGAAAAGUUAUAAAAAUAAAGCCCUAAAUCCUCAAGAGAUGCGUAGAAGAAGAGAAGAAGAAGGAAUACAGCUUCGAAAACAAAAAAGGGAAGAACAGUUGUUCAAACGCAGAAAUGUCUCUUUGCCCAGAAAUGACGACUCUAUGUUAGAAAGUCCUAUCCAGGAUCCAGAUAUCAGUUCUACUGUACCCAUUCCAGAGGAAGAAGUUAUUACCACAGAUAUGGUUCAAAUGAUUUUUUCUAAUAGUGCUGAACAACAGCUAACAGCAACACAGAAAUUUAGAAAGCUGCUUUCUAAAGAACCUAAUCCACCAAUAGAUCAAGUUAUACAGAAACCAGGAGUUGUACAGAGAUUUGUGAAAUUCCUUGAAAGAAAUGAAAAUUGUACCUUACAAUUUGAAGCAGCAUGGGCACUAACUAAUAUAGCAUCUGGAACUUUUCUGCAUACCAAGGUAGUGAUUGAAACUGGGGCUGUUCCAAUUUUUAUCAAACUUCUUAAUUCAGAACAUGAAGAUGUUCAGGAACAGGCUGUUUGGGCACUUGGUAAUAUUGCAGGAGAUAAUGCGGAAUGCAGAGAUUUUGUUUUGAAUUGUGACAUACUUCCACCUCUUUUAGAGUUAUUAACAAAUUCAAACAGACUUACUACAACCAGAAAUGCUGUAUGGGCUCUCUCAAAUUUAUGUAGAGGCAAAAACCCUCCUCCAAACUUUAGUAAGGUUUCACCUUGCUUAAAUGUCCUGUCACGAUUAUUGUUUAGCAGUGACCCGGAUGUGUUAGCAGAUGUGUGCUGGGCCCUUUCUUAUCUCUCUGAUGGACCCAAUGAUAAAAUUCAAGCAGUCAUAGAUUCUGGAGUCUGUCGAAGAUUGGUGGAACUUUUGAUGCACAAUGAUUAUAAAGUUGUAUCACCUGCAUUAAGAGCAGUUGGUAAUGUUGUGACUGGUGAUGAUAUUCAAACACAGGUAAUUUUGAAUUGUUCUGCAUUACCCUGUCUCUUACACUUGUUGAGUAGCCCAAAGGAGUCAAUUAGAAAAGAAGCCUGCUGGACUAUUUCUAACAUCACUGCUGGAAACAGAGCUCAGAUUCAGGCUGUUAUAGAUGCAAGUAUUUUUCCUAUUUUGAUUGAGAUUCUUCAGAAAGCAGAGUUUCGCACCAGAAAAGAAGCAGCUUGGGCUAUAACUAAUGCAACAUCAGGAGGCACUCCAGAGCAAAUAAGGUAUUUGGUAGCCUUAGGCUGCAUUAAACCACUUUGUGACCUUUUGACUGUUAUGGACUCCAAAAUAGUUCAAGUGGCUUUAAAUGGACUUGAAAAUAUUUUACGUCUUGGAGAACAAGAAUCUAAGCAGAAUGGCGUAGGCAUUAAUUCAUACUGUGCUCUCAUUGAAGAAGCAUAUGGUCUGGAUAAAAUUGAGUUUCUGCAAAGCCACGAAAAUCAAGAAAUUUACCAAAAGGCCUUUGAUCUGAUUGAACAUUAUUUUGGUGUAGAAGAAGAUGACCCCAGCAUUGUACCUCAGGUGGAUGAAAACCAACAACAGUUUGUAUUUCAGCAGCAGGAAGCACCAAUGGAAGGAUUUCAACUUUAACUUGGUGGAGAAAAAAAAUUAAUGGCCAAGAAGGGUAGCUUCAGAUAUUUCCUCUUUGUUGCCAGUGUCAGGAGGAAUGUUUCUUGUUUGUUUGUUUGUUUCUUUUUUACAUAGAACAGAAAAGUAAGAAUUUGACACACUUUUAAAAAGAAAAAUUAAACAAAAAUGUCUAUUCAGAUGUAGUCUUUUGUUAUAAGUAUUUUUUUGUUGUUUGUUUUGGUGUGACUAUAUGUUUUUGUUAUUGGAAUUUUUGUAUCUGUGAACAAUUAAAUACAUUAUGCAAUUAUUUAACUGAAGCUUGAAAAGGAGAACUUUGAUGAAGUAUUACAUAGUGAUUCUGAAUUUUUUCAAGUAUUCUUGGAAACUGCACAAUAGCAGUAUAGCUAUUGAUAAUUGCAUUUUGGCAGUAAGUCUGACACAUCCAAUCUACUAAAUCUACCUCUGUCUUGAAGCAAAAAUAAAAACAAAAAAGCUUCAGAAGCAUGAAAUCAUGUAAAAGCUAAAUUAGAAUGUGAAAAUAUUUAUUACCUUAAGUUAUUAAUCACUGUGCUGUAGGUUAUACUUUGCAAGUAUAAAUUGCAACAGAAAACCUGUAAAAUUUAUUUAUAAAACAGAAGAAAUAUUGUACUGAUAAUCAAUUAAGAUGUCACAAUUGUGAAGAGAGAAGCAGUUCUUCAUGUUGUGCACAUUAAGAAGAUUACAGAACACUUAAAUAUUUGUUUUUAACAUAUAAAUGCUAUUAUACUAGUAUAUUUUAUAUUUUAACCAAAUGUGCUACCAUUUUUGAAAUAGUGUUUUAUUAUGUUUUCACUGUUCAUUUUAAAGAGCAUCAUGACAGUGAUGCCAUCAUGAAUCUAAAGUUGUGCUGCAUACCUAAAAUGAUACUGUAUUAUUUCUCUGACUUUUCAGAGCAGUAAUUGAAAAGUUUUAUUCUCUUUGUGAUGAUGAACUUAAGUACUUGAAUGACAAAAGUAUCCUGAAGAAAUCACCUUGUUACGUAUUACAUUAUAUUAAGUGCAUUUAAUAUUUGGGCAGUAAGUGAUGAUAUUAAGGAAAAUUGGUAAGGAUUCUUUAAUAUGGUUGGAAUCUAUAUUAGAACUUUUUUGUUUUGGGUAAUAGUCAUACUGCUGCUUAUUAUGAAUUAUGUAUUAGAUUACAUUUGUAUCAGAUUGGUCACUAUAAUGUGUGUGUUUGCUAAAUUAACAGCAAAAACCUCUUUAAACUCUGAAAAUUUAAAAGAAAGGUUUCACUAGAAAAAUUACAUAUAUAUUAUAUAUACACGUGUGUCUAUUACUCUCUCAGUCCAGUGCAUGGAAGAAUUUUCUAAGCAGUUGUGGUACUGUUGAAUUAUCUUUUAAUUUAUUGUUAUAUGCAUUCUAUUUAGAUUUCCAAUUAUAUACCUAGAAAAAUUAUUUAAAAUGUAAUUUGCACCUCUUUUAAGAUGGGAACUAAAGCAAUUUUUAUAUGAUUCAUAGUCUAUUCUAUAAAGAGAAAGAUUUCAUUUAUGAUAGCAUUUAUAAUGUUUCUGCUGGAAAUCAGAGGCAUGUUACAAAAGGAAGGUGUAUAUAGGAGUACUUUUAAGUAGUAUAAUACUUUGUAAAUUAUAUAUCAUGAAACUAAGCUUUUGGCAAAGAUACUUAAAAUCUACAGCUAUAAAAAUCCAGGUUUAAGUGGUGUCCAUAAUGCUAACUUCAUCUGCCAAUCCUGUUUUAUACUGUUAAGUAGGUUGUAUCUGUGCCAUUUUUAUUAUGGUGGAUGUUAUGUAGUUGCAUAUAAAGUUUCUUUUGCAUUAUGCGUAUUCAAAAACAGGGUAGUUAUAUUAGAUAUUGCCAAAUUGAUGAUGAAUUUAUCAGAUAAAAACUGUUUUGUGGUGCCAAUGGUUCUAAGCAUCAGGUGACAGGGUAUUCUGCUCUUUCUAUUCAAUUGAACUUGAUAAUGCAGCAUAAUUUAUAAACUAACCAGCUGUGCCUGCUUUUGAGGACCCCAUAAUCAAUAUAAUAAAUCUCUGAGCCAAAUCUUCCAAAAAGACUUUUUUCCUUAUAGAAAGAAAAAUAAUAUAUGUGUGUGUAUGCACAUGCAGGCACACAUUGAAUGACCUAUCAAGGGAGAUUUAAAAUGUUUUGCCAAUAAAAUAAAUGUUAUAUCUCUAAGAACAGAAUAUGACAAAUGUUAACCAUUUAAAUAUAAACUUAUAUUUAGUUUCUUGGAUAUGUUACUUGGCUAGUAAUUUGUUUAUAUUUGAAUGCAAAGACAUUUAACUAAAUUUAGGCCUGGUGGUGAGUUUAUUAGAUCAAACUGAACAAGAGUUUGUUUUUAAAAUUUGUUAAAAAUACUACCACUCAGACUGUCUUAAAAUAAAACAUAAAAAGGGCUGGAGAUGUAGCUCAGCGGUAAAGUACUCCUGGGUUAAGUCCAAAAGAAAAAAGACAAAAAAAUAGAACCACUCUUUUCAAGUGUAUCAUUUAAAAUGCUCCAAAAUGUAUUUCCAUUAAUUUUCACUCUCCCUUGUGAAAAAAAAAAAUUUUUAAUUUGCUUUUGUAAGAUUCAUUACAUUUACAUCCCAGAGAAACUGUGCCAAAUGAAAUUCAAUGAAAUAAAAAUGUGUUAUAAAAGGGAAUGUAUACAACAUUAACACAUAUAUCAAGAAGAUACUUUUGAAAGAGUUCAUUUUAUUAAAUUUGAAUUAAAUAUGGUCUUUUAUUUUGUCUGAAUUUAAAUUUCUACUAGUUAAUCUAUGCAAUCAUGCUUACUUAUUUUGUAAGUAUUUGACUCACUGACCAGUUUUAUUCUGAAAGGUUAUUCUAACUUUUAGUGUCCUUAAUUUCAAUGUCAUUUGUCCAAUUAUUGGUAGUACCAGAACAAGAAAGAAAGCAGGGGGAAAGGAAUAAAAUCUGCUGGCACAGAAAUAAACGUGUAAUUUAGUAACUGUAAAACCUGUCUGCAGUUAAAGGUUGAUUUACUGGGUAAAAGAAGAAUUUAUUAUCUUUGCCUUUGUAUUUUUUUUCUUAAGAGGGAGUAUUAUAGAAAAAAGUAAAUAUAAAAAAGCAUUAUUGGAUUUUUUGUUGGUAUUCUAAAUUCGGCAAUCUAUUGGUUGCUUAAUUGUGAAACUGAAAUCAAAUUCUUGCUAACUUUUAUUUAUUUUAAUUAAUAGUAUUGUUUUAUGAAAUGUGGACAUGUUAGGAGCCAAUAUAAUAGGAUUCUAAAAGAAUAAUAUAUCUCUAAAUUCUGAUUGGGGGUCAGUUGAGGGGGAGGAUAUUCUUACUUAAAUAAAUAAACCAACAUAUGAGCAGUAUGCAAUAUUAUGAAAUGUUACAACACUAUAUUAAAAAUAAUAAAAUGCUAUUUUACAAUUGCA